AUGUGUGACCCGGAGUACAACCCAGCCCAGUCAACUAGCCCUAAAACGCAAACCCGCAGCGCAGUGAUCGCCACGUCCUCAGCCACUUCACGUUCCACGGUUUUGCUACAGACUUUCCGUGCUUGGGUGGUCGCCGACAAGAAGUGCGCAUACAUUCGAGGAUUAUUUGACAGCGGUAGUCAAAGUACCUUUGUGCGAGAGGAUCUUGUUCGCAGCUUGAACUUGCCCGUCCUGAGAGAGGACGAACUCUCAAUAAGCACAUUUUCCAGUGAUAUGGGGAGGAAACCAGAGAGGCGACGAAUAGUGGAGCUCCAGAUACGAAGCCAGUAUGCCGAGGAGGUAAUAACUAUGGAAGCAAUCGAAAUGCCAGUUCUGUGUCAUGAUCUUCCAUCAGCAUCAGCAGACGACCGUCACUUGAUUGUACUUCAGGAAGCUGGAGAACAUGUUGCUGACGUCGUAUCGUUCCCAGGCAUACUGCAAGUGAAGGGAAUUUCGGUCCUUAUUGGGUCGGAUCAAAUGUGGAAAUUGCUGAAAGGAGAGAUCCAACGUUACGGGCCAAACGAUGAAAUCGUUGCCAUCAACUCCAAACUAGGAUGGACGUUUCAGGGUCCGACUACCGAACGUUCGCUGAUCGCAAGGCAGGCCUGCAACUAUGUAUCUGUGCUUCGUGUGAGUACACUUUCUGAGGACCUGCGCUGUGACCAGCUUUUAGAACGAUUUUGCAGCCUGGAAGGAGUUGGAAUCGUCCACGAAGAUGAAUCUCCGUCGGCCGAAGGUCAUGCCGUUCUCGAAGAGUUCGAGAAAACACUGAAGAUGAGGGAUGGCAGGUACGAGGUUCAGCUCCCGUGGAAACAGACAGAUUCGCCGUUGAACGACAACUUCGAGAUAGCUAAAACUAGGCUGAAGAAACUUGUGUUCCGACUGAACAAAGACAGACAUUUGAUCGAAGAGUACGACAAAGUUAUACGUGGAUAUCUUCUCAGUGGAUACGCAGAAGUAGUUCCAACCCCUAUCCAACCAAGAACAGAACACUCGGGUUUUCUACAUGCCACACAGAGAAGUUUUCCGCGAAGCAUCUACAACAACCAAGUUGCGUGUAGUGUUCGACGCGUCGUCGCAUGGUCCUGGAAGUACAUCGUUAAAUGA